GUACCAGUCAACUGGUCCAGAUUGCCAUACUCUACUGUACCCUCCCUCCACCCUGCAUAAGCCUCGGGCGAAAUCUGCUUCCGAUACAAACCCUUUGACGACGAUACAGCUCGCAACUCGUUCAACUGUCUUCAAUCCUAUCUGUCUCAAGGAUUCUCACCAUGUCUACCGUCUCAGAGCUCAACAAGCCUUUCUUCCAGACCAUCCAGACGUCCUUCAAGGAUGUCUCGACUACUCCCGGAGUUGAGACUGUAGGUUUCGCCAAUGCCGCUGAAGGUCUCGUCUCCAUCUUCGAUGUGCUCGGAAACGCCGCUUUCACUAUCGUUCAAGGAGAUCUCAAGGGCAACAUCGCCAAAGUCCGGGCGAGGUACGCCAAGGCCCCGGAACAGUCCGGUACACUAGAGGACCUGGUCAAGAACGAGAUGGCCGAGAACAAGGGCAAGUUGGGGACCGCCGGUGAAGGGUUGAUGUGGCUCAUCCGAGGUCUCAAGUUCACCCUCCUCGGACUGCAAUCGUCCCAGAACAACCCGUCCGAGGAGCUCGCUCAGUCUUUUACCAAGGCUUACGAGGGCUCGUUGAAGCCUCACCACGGGUGGGUCAUCAAGCAGGCUUUCGGACUCGCCAUGAAGGCCACCCCUUACAGGAAGGACUUCUACACCCGUCUGGGCGGACCCGAAGCUGAGGUUGAGCUCAAGGGGUGGUUGGCCGGGUUGGAGAAGAUCGUCUCCCAGAUGGAGAGCGCUUACAAGUCCAACGGAUGGGGCACCGUUUAGGCGGGAUUCUUUGUAACAAUGCUAUGCGUGUGUACAUCUUCUUGACUGUGACCGAGAUUAUAGCCUUUCAUGGCAGCCGGUGAGCGGGUGGACGUCGGGACUUCUUCUGGGUUCAGCCGAUUUUAACCUGAAAAUCCGUCCGAGCUGCUUUACGCCCUAAUCCCAUUCACUGCACGCAUGUUACUCGAGUAUACAAAGUAGUGACCAUCCCGUACAACCGUAAGCGCGACCCUUCAAAACUCCCGGCAACAUUGCAAUGUGGUCGUUUUCCUUGCCAGAUAUGUGACGAUAUAUAUAAGCAGUAUACACUAGGGCAUCGGGA